CAGCAUUCUCUUUAUUAUAAUCGAUCAUUCCUCCUCCUCCUCCUCGUCUAUUAACUGCAAAAUACAUAUAUUCCGUAUUAAAAUUUUCAAAGGUUGUUGUUGUUCAUACGCCCCUUCUCUUCUGUUCUGUUUUGGUUUUGGUUUUGGAUCAUUCUUGGUUUUGGUUUGCUUGUGGGGAAGAAAUGAAAGAAAACACGGGAAACCCUCUCCAUCUCAAGUCGUUGAACCACAUAUCUCUUCUAUGUCGAUCCGUGGAGGAAUCCAUGAACUUUUACCAGCACGUUUUAGGUUUUCUCCCAAUCCGGAGACCUGGCUCUUUUGAUUUCGAUGGCGCCUGGUUGUUUGGUCAUGGAGUUGGAAUUCAUCUUCUGCAGUCUACAGAGCCUGAGAAAUUACUCAAGAAAACUGAGAUCAAUCCCAAGGAUAAUCACAUUUCUUUCCAGUGCGAGAACAUGGGGGCGGUAGAGAAAAAGCUCAAGGAAAUGGGAAUAGAGUAUGUGAGAGCAGUGGUGGAAGAAGGUGGAAUCCAAGUCGACCAACUCUUCUUCCACGAUCCUGAUGGUUUCAUGAUUGAGAUUUGCAACUGCGAUAGCCUCCCCGUCGUGCCUCUCGCUGGAGAGAUGGCUCGUUCAUGCUCUCGUGUCAAUAUCCACCAGCUCGUCCAGCCACCGCAGAUCCAACCCUAGACUCUUUUGACCUCCCUCCCUUUAAUCUCUUUGGUCAAUCAUAUGUUAAUAACUUGCGUGUAUCAUUUAAAUUUGUCUCUUUCAUUUGUGUGUUAAUUAAUAUUUGCGUGUAAUAAGACUCUGAGGUCGAUGUGAUUCUUUUAGC